UUUGAAUUCCACGUUUACGUAUACACAGUGUACGAGCAGGUUAGUUGAAUUUAGCCAAGCGAGAGGAUAACGUGCAGGGUUUUUAGGGUCUUUUGUUGGACUCGCUCCUCCCUCCCCUCUCCCUUUUCCUGUGUGUGUGGCUCUGUGGCGGAAGUAAGUGGUAUCGCGGAGGCCUCAUCCUUCCAAUGGCGACUACGAACAGGCUGACUAGCAAGCGGGAGCAACCGUGGAGGGGGACAGACCUGUGUGACGGAAAUUAAAUAAAUAUAUAUCAUAUAUUUCGCCGUUUUUUUCCAAAGUUAGCCCAUCAGUGUGCUUCUCUCCAUAUUACGUCCAAGUCAAAUGGCCAAAAAUCGGAAAAUUUCGCUCCUUGAGACGGAGCUCUAUUACUUGAUAUCUCGUUUCCUAACAACGGGUCCCUGUCGGAGAACGGCUGAGGUACUGGUGAGCGAACUCGAAGAAUAUCAGCUCUUACCAGGGAGAUUGGACUGGCUGGGAAACGAGCACCCGAGAUCAUAUGAAGAUGUGGUUGCAGCGAACACACAUGUUGCACCAGACCAUUUGUUACAAAUAUGUAAGCAGAUCGGACCUAUUCUUGACAAAGACGUGCCAUCCUGUGUCCCCGGUGUGCACUCACUCCUGGGGUCCGGAAAGCAGUCGAUGCUCAGGACCUUGAAAGAAUGUGAUGGUGUGCGAUUGAAAACUUCAUCAUACGCAGCCCUUCACAGGGGCAGACCACCAGAGAGGCCUUUCAACACCAAGAAAGCUCCACAUAUAGUGAACAUCUGUCGCGGAAGAGAGCUGACAGGAGCACAGCGCGACGACUCAAUCAACCCUGUCAGCAACUAUGGGCGCAUGCAUCUGCAUCGGCGGAUCCUGGGGCAUUUGUCUGCUGUGUAUUGUAUUGCAUUUGAUCGCACUGGUCUCAGGAUCUUCACAGGCUCAGAUGACUGUUUGGUGAAGAUUUGGUCUUCUUUUGACGGGCGCCUUCAUUCGACAUUGCGAGGACACUCUGCUGAAAUCACAGACUUGGCCGUCAGUUACGAGAAUACGCUAAUUGCUGCGGGAAGCUGUGACAAAACCAUCCGUGUGUGGUGCCUUCGUACCUGUGCGCCAGUGGCUGUGCUACAGGGACACAGUGGAUCUAUUACCUCCCUCCAGUUUUCACCAUUUGCCAAGGGCUCAAAACGUUACAUGUUGUCCACUGGUACCGAUGCUACGGUAUGCUUUUGGCAGUGGGAUGUCAACAACAUCAACUUCAGUGAUCGUCCACACAAGUUUAUAGAACGUCCGAGACCAGGAGUUCAGACCGUGUGCUCAUCAUUCAGUCCAGGUGGAAUUUUCUUAGCCACAGGAAGCACUGAUGACGUGAUCAGAAUAUAUUACGUGGGGACUGGAAAUCCAGAAAAGAUAUCAGAGCUCCAUGAGCACACAGACAAAGUUGACAGCAUCCAAUUUUGCCACUCAGGUGAAAGGUUUGUGAGUGGAAGCCGGGAUGGAACCGCAAGGAUCUGGAGGCUCCAUCAGCGCCAGCAGUGGAGAUGCAUCUUGCUCAACAUGUCCACCACUCUUCCUGGUGCCGAGCCAAUGAAUGAAGAGGAAAGUUACUUCAAACCCAAAGUCACGAUGGUAGCAUGGGAUUGCCAUGACAAUACCGUCAUCACCACCGUCAGUAACUAUCUGAUCAAAGUGUGGAACUCCUACACAGGACAGCUGCUACAUGUCCUCAAAGGCCAUGAGGCUGAAGUGUUUGUUCUUGAGCCACACCCCUUUGACACCCGGAUUAUUCUGUCGGCGGGCCAUGAUGGAAAUGUUUUCAUAUGGGACUUGCUGCGAGGGACAAGCACACAGCACUACUUCAACAUGAUUGAGGGCCAAGGUUAUGGCGCAGUUUUCGACUGCAAGUUCACUCCUGAUGGUCAACGAUUUGCCUGUACAGACUCCCAUGGGCAUCUGCUCAUCUUUGGCUUUGGUAGCUCAAAACCUUAUGAAAAGCUUCCCGACCAGGUUUUCUUCCACACGGACUACAGACCUUUGAUUCGAGAUGCCAAUGGCUUUGUCCUUGAUGAGCAGACACAACAGGCCCCACAUCUCAUGCCCCCGCCUUUUCUAGUGGACGUGGAUGGAAACCCACAUCCACCGAGGUAUCAGCGGCUUGUUCCAGGUCGAGAGAAUGUUGCAGCAGAACACUUGGUUCCUCAGCUGGGCUAUGUUGCUACCAGUGACGGCGAGGUAGUGGAGCAAGUGAUUAGUCAGCAGACUGCAGAAGUUGAGGAGGUUGCCAUCAGACGCGGCAGCCUACUCGACGAGGCCAUCCGAAACCUUCAGCAGCAACAGGAGCGUCAGAACCAGGCUGCCUUAGAGGUGGGGCCUGCAGAGGUCCAGGGGCCAGCAGUGCCACCAGCCCCAAGCACUCCACGCAGAGUGUCUGUAAAUGAUCGCGCAGAAGUGCAGUCUCCUCCUAAUGUGGGUCUACGGCGGAGUGGACAGGUGGAAGGUGUCAGACAAAUGCACCAGAAUGCACCGCGCAGUCAAAUGGCUACGGAGAGAGACCUACAGGCCUGGAGACGUCGGGUGGUGGUGCCAGAGCUCUCCCCGAGCAGCUACAGAGACCAGGUGGACAUAAGGGUUGCCAAAGGGGAAGAUGAGGUGGCCUUAUACAACGCAAAGAAGAGACGCAUAAUGUACAGCAGCUGCCGAGAUGAUUCUGAUGAGGAGCCUCCUCCUGCAAAGCGAGCACAAAGUCGCAGCGACACGCUGGAAUUCAUCGACCUGUCAUGUGAGGAGGGUGAGGAGACGGCAAGCUCUGACGCUCACACCGAGGACAAUGACUUGGAUGGCAGUGAACUGGACUCAUCUAAUGAUGAGGAGUGGAAUAGUGAUAGCCCAAGUCACUCGUCCAGUGAGUAUUCAGACUGGACAGCAGAUGCUGGCAUCAAUCUGCAGCCAUCGACUCCCUUGUCAUCGCGUAAACGAGUACGACGCCAGCUCAGCAGUUCUGAAGAGGAGGAGGAAGACAACGAAGAGGAGGACGACAAAGAGCAGCGACAGCAGCAACAGAGUGACGAGGAGGGAAAAAAUGCAGGAAAAGGAAAAGACAAACCCAAGAAACCAAAGAACAAGUCUCCCAGACGCCCCAAAGUCAGACCAUCCAUCAACAGAGAAGUGUCCAACGAAUUUCGACCCUCAUUAUGGAUCACUGAUGUCAUUCCGAGGAAAUCUCCUUUUGUUCCCCAGAUGGGUGAUGAGGUGAUUUACUUUCGACAAGGCCAUGAGGCAUAUGUUGAGGCUGUACGACGUAAUGAUUUGUACCCCAUCAAUUUAGACAAGCAACCCUGGAAGAAAAUGGAGCUUCGGGACCAAGAGUUUGUUAAGAUUACUGGAAUCAAAUAUGAAGUCUGCCCUCCGACACUCUGCUGUUUGAAAAUGACUCUGAUCGACCACGGCACAGGCAAAAUCACAGACAAGUCCUUCUCUGUCAAAUAUCAUGACAUGCCUGAUGUAAUUGAUUUCCUGGUGCUGAGGCAAAGUUAUGAUGAGGCACUUCGUAGAAACUGGCAACCAGGUGACCGGUUCCGCUCGGUAAUAGACGAUGCCUGGUGGUUUGGCACCAUCAUUUGUCAGGAGCCAUACCAGCCAGAAUACUCUGACAGUCUCUUCCAGUGCUUUAAAGUCAGGUGGGACAAUGGGGAAAAUGAAAAGCUGAGUCCUUGGGAUAUGGAGCCAAUUCCAGAUGAUGCUGAGCUUCCAGAGACGGAAGGAGGCAGCAUCCCUGUUACGGCAGAGGAGAUGAGCGAGUUGAUGUACAAGCCCCUGAAAGGAGAGUGGGGGGAGAGGAGCCGGGACCAAGAGUGUGAGCGCAUCGUUGCUGGUAUUGGCCAGCUCAUCACUGUUGAGAUUGCUGCUCCUUUCUCUGGCCCUGUAGACCUGAUUCAGUAUCCCACCUACUGUACUGUGAUUGCUUACCCAACUGAUCUGGACACCAUAAGAUUACGACUCUUGAACAAGUACUACAGACGCUUAUCAGCAUUAAUUUGGGAUGUCAGAUACAUUGCACACAACGCCCGCACUUUCAACGAGCCAAGGAGCAAGAUUGCCCACUCUGCAAAAAUCAUUAGUAAUGUCCUACAGAAAUUUGUCAAUAAUCCUAGAUGCGCAGACAUCAUGGAGAUUUAUAGUGUUGUUGAAGAAAUGGAUGAGGAUGAUGAGGAAGCAGAUGCAGAGGCACCAGGAACUUCCUCGGGACACAGGCUGCGUCAGCGCUCGGUGGAGGUGCUCCCAGACAGAGAUGCUUGGAAGGAGCAGUGUAAAAAUCUCCUCAAUUACAUAUUUGAGUGUGAGGACUCUGAGCCAUUCAGACAGCCUGUGGAUCCUGAGAACUAUCCUGACUACCAUGAUAUCAUCGACGCACCAAUGGACUUUGGGACUGUAAGAAGGACCUUGGGGGAAGAACGUUAUGAAAAUCCGAUUGAGCUUUGCAAAGACACACGCUUAAUAUUUGCAAAUGCUAAAGCUUACACACCCAAUAAACGGUCCAAGAUUUACAGCAUGACCUUGCGUCUCUCCGCCUUCUUCGAGGAGCAAAUCCGAACAAUCAUAUCAGAUUACAAAACAGCAGUGAAGAGCAACGCUAGGCUCCGUCGCAGCCAGCGGUUCAAAAAGAAAACGCAACAUGAUCCGUCCGUCAGCACCCCAAGUCAAAAGAAGGAUGGUGUCAAAACUCAGGAAAAAGUGGAGUUUGUGACCAGGGCCAAAUCUACCUCAGCAAAAACCUUGGUUCCUGAGCGAGCCAGGAAGCCUCGGAGCAGCAGCACCGGUCACAGCUCCUCGGAAGAUGACUCCGCUUCUAAAGGUGCUUCAUCAACAGCAGAGUCCGACAGUGAACUCAGCGAGUCAGAGGAGGAGACACGUCCAGGUUCUUCCAAACAUCAAGGCAAGCAGAAAGCAAGAGUUAAAAGAGGCAGCUCUUCCAAACAGCGUAAAAAGGUCGCCGAGAGUGACAGUGAUGAGAAGGAGGUUGAGGAAGAAGACGAGGAGCCGUUUGACAGUGAAGGCGCAGGGCAAGAGAAUGGAGAAUCGUCUUCCCAUUCUUCAGGUCGUUGCUAUCACAGUAGGGCAGCAAAGAGCAGGAGCACACGCCUGACCAGAAACACCGCUGCUGGCAGAAAAAAGACAGAGGGCAGAGCGGAGAUGAACGGUCAUGCAAGCUGGUCCUCUGCCCGGGACAGACGUCAGCUCCAGGAUUCCGACGGAGCCCUAUCCCAAGGUUCUGAUGGAGAAGAGGAGGAUGAAAUAACUAUCCGCAGAUCACUCAAGAGGAAAACGGCAAGAGCAGCUGUCAACAGGAUAAAACUCCUUGAAGCAUCAGAUGAGGAUGAUGACGACGUAGAGGAGGAAGAGGAGGUGGAGGAAGACGACGACGAAGAAGAGCCAAUAAGGAGCCGUCCCCGCAAGACUUCCCAGGCCGGCAAACGCACCACAGUACUUCAGAGCAGCUCUGAGUCAGACGGAGAGCAACCGGCUUCAAAGAAAUUGUCUGAAGAAUCCCAGGGUGAGGAAAAUGGUAAUGACAGCAGCUCUUCAAGCUCCUCUCACAACAAGCUGGCUGGACAUACGAGAAUGUCAACCAACACAAAGGGCAAUGGAACUUUGACUUGCGUGAACGGACAUGGCCCAAAACACAAGUUGGACAGCAGCUCUGAGGAGGAAGAAGCUGCAGACGAGAGUUCUGGAGAUGCGGAGGAGGAGCAUGAUAAUCAGGCUGCUGCGCGUCAGAAGCCAACUAGAGCCUCAGCCAGGAAGAGUAGGAUUACCAGUGAGGAGGAAGCAGAGGGGGAGGAAGAGAGCACUAAACGAAGGGCCACCCGACGCCACCUUCCCAUAAGUUCAGAUGAAGAGGACUGUCCUCAACGACGGCCACACCAAAAUGGAAGAAACAAGGAGGAAACUCCGCUCAAGGACUCUAAAAAGAGCAAAGGGUCAAUGUCUAAAAGCCAAAAUCGACAAACACCUGCAUCAGCUCAUAAACCAGAUGCAGGUGAUUCCAAAGCGCUCAGUCGUACACCGAAGAAAUACCACAAGAAAAGAUUGAAAAAAGAUCAACAGAGCGAAGCGGAAAGCAGUCGCUCCAGUGAUCAUUUUGAGCACAAGAACAGGAGGUCUGCGAGGAACCACGUCAAGCCAAAACGACCUCGGAAUGACACUUCUGCUUUGGAAAGUUCUGAGCAGGACUUUAAACCCAAGAAGUCGAGGAGAAAACGUUCGACUGGUUCAUCGGACGAAGGGUCAGAUGAGUCGGGCAACACGUCCAACAAGCGUCUUAAUUUAAGAGUGCUGCCUAAAAAGAAAUACAUCAGCGACAGCUCUGCUUCCGAGGAAGAAUCUGUGAGCCAGAGCAACAUGAGAAACAGCAAAAAAGCAGGCUCAGUUCCUAGGGAAGACUCCUGUAAUACGAGCAAGUGGAAGAAAACCUCUCAGAACGAAAGCAGGAUUCAAAAGUCUUCCAAAAGAAAACGGACUUGCGCCUCGGGAUCUGAAGAUGAAGAGAGUGAGUCAGUGGCCAAGAACAACAGGAGUGGCAAGCGUCCCAAACGGGAAUCAAAACAAGACAAGGAAGAGAAUGCCUUUCCCGAGUCAACUUCCAGCAAAGAGGAAGGUGAUGUCAGACGCUCGCGGAGAGGGACGAGUGAGAAGCGGCCCAAACACGAAAGGCGGAAGGAAAGCUGCAGCAGUCAUCACAGUUCAGACUCCGAAAGCGAGCAGUCAUCCACGGCCAGUGAAAACACUGAUGCCAGCUCAGGGUCCCACAGCAGUCCAAAGAGGCGGAGCCCAAGACGGGCCAAGCAUGGCCAAAGGACUGCCGCUCGCCAAUUAAGGCAGCGCCGGCCACAAGUCGUCUUGGAGGAAGAGGACAGUGACGAGUCGUACAGCAAACCGCGGAACAAGGGCCGCGUUAACACCCGGAACCGGGGGAAGCGGACUGUCCUUUAUCAUGACAGCGAGUGAAGGCUGAAGAGGGGUGACAACUGGAGACUGUAAAGACACUUGAUGUUAUGGUAGCAGCACUGGUUUCCUUGAAAUAUGCUGUGAAUCUGUUUCUUUCAGGGAUAUUUAUAUUUUCUAUGAAAAACACAUUUAUAGAUGUAAUCUAGCAAAUUCAAGCAUUUGAACUGCUGGUCUUCACAAGGAUACAGAUCAAAACGCCACCUGCCAAUCCUGCUUGUUAUUUUGGCCAGCAGAGUAAAUUUGUGAGGAAUCUUGGGUGCUAUCUAAUAUACCUCUGUUAAAUCUAAGCAUAUUGCUGGCUUGCACUAAGAAACACUGUAAGGAGGUAUUUCAUACACUAGUUUUGCAUUAGAAACUCAGGGGUCAACUAAGUUUACUGUAGUCUCAGACGUGCAGAUAAUUGUUUUUUUUUUUGUUUGUUUUUUUUUUGGAGUGAUCACAUGGACAAGCAACAGUUCCAGGUGGGCAAACGUCAAAGCAUGCGCAACUGACAAACCAAUUCACAUUGUCACUUAAGACUCCAGCACUCCUUUGUGAAUUCAUGAUACAUGUAACUCUUUUUGCCUGUAUUAUGAGUUCACAUGAGCCAAAUGUUUUCCCAUUAUGUUGAUCUUGUUUUUUCAUUUCCCUUUACAUUUGUCUUGUACCUGUAAAUAGGUCUGGUUUUGAUGGAGAAAGGAUUGAUUGGCCAUUAUGUCAGCAGCAAGGUGUUUAUUUAAAAUGUUUUUUUUUAAUUUUACCAUAAACUUCGUCUUGCCAUAUGUCAUUAAUUGGUACUUUUUUGCCAAGUACACGUAACCAGACGUACUUACUGCAAAAUACUGCGAUUUCUCAUAUUGGGAAGACGUUUAAUUGUCCUGUGUUACUUUCAGUGUUAAAUUGUUUUUCAUAGUUGACAACAUGGUUGGUUUAUACAGGAUUCCCUUAAUGCAGUUGCUUUCACAUUUUGCUUAAUGGUUUUCGUACUACACCUUCAAUAAACAGAUUUCAAUGGGAAAUCAAA